GGCCAAAAUAUGCUGCCGCUGAUGCUGCUGCUGGUGGCGGGGACAUUUUUGCGAAAGCAUGUGGUCCUUUUGUGUGCCAGCUGGAGUGUUGCGGACUUUAGUCGCACGUUGACUGUCGCCGGUGACGGAUGCAAAUCCUUCGCGUUGUUUUGUGUGGAUUUUGGUCGCGCGCUUCCUUUAGGUGUGUGUUGUGGAAGCUUAAUUCGUGUGAAUUUUAUUUUUUUUUAAGAUCGAAAAGACAGUUUACCAGUGGAGUCAUAUGCAAUAAAUUAAGAAAGAGUUUUUCGUCGAUUUCCCUUUUCGGUCGUCCUUUUGAGCUUUCGCCCACACACUCAAAAAUCCAUUCCAGGAUGGAUGGUAGCAGGUUGCAGCAGCUUUCGUUCUGCAGUCGAAAUUAGUGCUCGCAAAAAGUUAAUCCCAGGGCCCAAAAGUGCAGAGCUGGAGAGUGUGAUAAAAAUAAAUUAUGUGUAAGUUGGUGAAAUUGGAUACCCAAAUUCCGGACCAGCCUAAGCUUGCAUCCAAUUUUUCGGUGGUGUGCACAGCGGGACGCCACGUGGGAGUGUCUGAUGCCUGCAGGCUCCGUUGUCUUCUGGCAGUGACACGUGGUGGUUGGUGACGUUGAGAAAGCUAAUCCGCAACCACAAGCCGAACGAAGCAUAAAGAGUGCACUUUUCUCAAAAAGUACUUAAUUAAUGUGUUUAUGUGUAAGUGUCGGAAAAGUCUCCACUUUCCACUCCUCGAAGGGAAAUUAAUUCAGAAAAAGUAGUGUUUUUGAUGGUGUAUGGAAAGUGGAUGAUAGUAGCAUUUGGUGACGUUGAGUAGUGGUGACAAAUUGGCGGACAUUUGUUGGAAAAAGCUGCGCUGGCAUCGGUGACUUGUCGGGAGGAGAAGUUGAGAAUAAAAAAUAAGAAAAUACUUGGCACUCGCGUGAAAGCAAAUGCAUGUUAAGUGUUAAUUUUUUUUCUCUUGCGCUGGUUUUUCUGCACUGGAUUUUGGAGCGCAAAGUGAAAAAUAGCUCGCGAGUGAUAAUUCUUAAGAAGAACCAUCGGGAACAGCAUUUUGAUGGUUCCUGAGUGCAGAAAUAACGAAAUAAAAUAAUCAUCCCCUCGGUCGGUUCGAGACGUUUCCGUUGGGGCUGUUCAGAACUUUGCAGGACGACGUCUACAAAGUGGAGAAGUGCUGUUGUGUGAAAAUUGCAAAGUGGUGGCUCUCAAGCAGUCAAACAUAAAGUUCAUCGCCGCCGGUCAUGAAACGACGUCCUACAAGGCAGGCCGGCUUCUUCUGCAUAUUGCAAUAACCUCACCGAGCUUAUGUGUCGAUAACUCAGCAGAGGGCGGCUGUUGACUGCUGAUUCCGAGGAGUGGGCCGAAGGAAAAUAUAAUGUUGUUGUUGUAAUGGAUCUGAAGGCUGGCAAACAUCUCGUGGCACCAGCGAUAAACAAUAUCAGUUGCUCGGAGGACCGUUUCGCCAAAGUCAGCUUCCUCGGCCAGCUGCACCCGUUUGAUGUGCUGCAGGCCUUGUUCAUCGUGUUCCUGACCUUUCUGGUGAUUAGCGCGAACCUGAUGGUGAUCCUGAUCAUCAACAGCCGGCGGUACGCGGCCUACAUCCAUCCCCAGCCCCGGUACCUGCUGACCUCGCUGGCCCUCAACGAUCUCGCCAUCGGUGUGCUGAUCAUCCCCUUUGGGGCGCUACCUGCCUUACUACACUGCUGGCCUUACGGUGAAAUUUUUUGCCAAAUUCAGGCUUUACUACGUGGAGCUUUAUCACAACAAAGUGCUGUUAUUCUAGUUUGUAUGGCGGUCGAUCGGUAUCUGUGCGUGCUGCAUCCGCGAAUCUACCACGAGCGGUCCAGUAAAAAAGGUUGUGUGGCAAUAUUGAGCGUCACGUGGAUUUUAUGUUUGACCUGUUUCGGGUUGUUGGUGCUGCCAAAAGGAUACUACUUCAACAAAUCCGGUCUGCUGGCGUGCGAGCCGUUCUACAGCAAAUCGUCCUACCGGAUACUGUCCAGUUGCGCGCUGUACUUCCCGACGACCAUGGUCCUGAUGUAUUGCUAUGGGUCAAGUUUUCACGCCAAUCGAUACAGACUGGCGACGCCAGCCGGGGCCGGUGCCACGGCCAGUUCGAUGGCAAUCGCAGCGGUAGGGGCCUCAACGGCGACGGCGACGACCACCACCGAAAUCGGCGGCAAUUCGUCCUGCGCGGGAACACCGACGGGCAUCUCCGUCGCGACGCCCUCCUCGAUGUCCUUCUCAGAAAAGCUGGCAGAACACGAUCAGAGACUGAACGGAUCAACUUCACGCACAAUGGCGGCGAUAUCAUUAGGUUUUAUAGUAAUAAUUACCCCCUGGACGAUACAGGAGAUUGUGGCGACGUGCACAGGAUCAAAGAUUCCACCUUCGAUUGACUUCUGUGUGACGUGGAUAGCGUUAAGUAGUAGUUUUUGGAAUCCUUUUCUGUACUGGCUGCUGAACGCGCGAUUCCGGAGGAUCUGCAAGGAGAUGCUGUCUUCCAGGUGCACCAGCAGCCAAACCUCGCUGGAGGAAAAGUGUAGCAUAAGUCUAGAGUACGACCACCACAUGACCACGCUGCCGCUUCCGCCGGGUCCGCCACCGGCGACGAUCUGCCGCUCGGCGAAUCACACGCCCCGGCCGGACAUCGAGUGCACCUCGGAGCGGUACUGGGGCGACAUCCUCGAGCGGACGUUCAGCUCGUGCAGCAUCAACGCCCUGCCCCGGAGUAACUCUUCGUCGGCGGCGUAUCAUCAGCAGCAGCAGCACCAAACGACGACCUUGCACCGGCACCACCAUCGGCAGAACGGAGGUGGCCAUCAUCGUAGCAACAACAGCAUCCACAAGCUGUCCCCCGGCGGGGAGCACCUGUGCAAGGAACAUCGGCGUCCGGGAACCGGUUCCAAGGAGAGCGAGUUCACCGUCAUCUUCCCGACGACCAACUCGGACCCGCAGAUGAGCUGCGAACGCGAACUGCACGACAUCAACUGUGCCAAAAAUCGAGCAUUCUUCGUCGGUUUCAACCACCACCAGGCCCUGCCCGAUAUCUAGUAUUGUGGCACGAUCGAACGGUGGAGGCUAAGGGUUAGAAAGUUUUUUUUUAUAAAAAAGAAAUAAUGUGUUGAGCGUACUUUUCUUUCCAAGAAACGAUACAUACAUGUAGGACACUGCCAGACUGUGUCCUUUAGGAUAGAUAACGCAAAACAAGAGAUAAACCUAUGUGGCUGUAGAUAAUUGUUCUAGUUGUAUGUGUGUGUAUGUGGCGAACGAACACUACAACUGUACAGUGUUAGGUUGUACCUCAUUCUCUUUUUGCCAGAAUCAUCUCCAACAUUAUUGUGUUCGAUCCAAUUUCCCAGAGGCUGGUCCUUGCCUUCUGUUUUAAUCCUGGCGCACCAUCAAACGAACACACUCACACCGAUAUUGUUCAAUUCCAUUUUAAUAGUCGGCUCCGUGGCGCAUCCAUUCAUUCAUGCCCCCGUUCACACGUGUACACGUUAAAUCCAUUUAACUUUUAACCACACACCAAAACACACACAGACACACAUUGUGAUAGUUACUCGUGAAAACACACAAACAACAAAUUUAUUCCACAAAACCAAAAUCGUAUCGCAGCUGUUCGAAGUCGUAGUUAAUGAAACUGUGGUCAAAAUAAACUAAUUAAGAACAUUUUUACACAAAAAAA